AUGGCGGGGCCAUUGAGAAUAGCGGCAUCGAGAGGGUUCAGGUGUAUUUUGUGAGUUUUUAAAUAUUCAAACAACGUUUUAAUCCAAUUCAAUAACUGAUAUAAUUUUUCAGAACCCCCAAAAAUCCGCAAUUUCUUCAAAAAAUGACUUCGACAACAGGAGCCUUCAAACAUUUGGAUAAAUUGAUUAUUGAAGGACCUGAAGGUAUUUUCUGCUUUUCUCAGCACUUGACUCUGUAGACUGACUGUACAAAUUGAAGAAGUGUGAAUACAGCGAAUGAACGCUGUACCUACACUUUUUUUCCCGAAAAUCGUAGGUUCAUUUUACAGGGUGGGGAAUAAUUAUUGAUACACAUUCAAAAAGUCCCCAUGUUCAACAGAGAAAGUAGAGGAUUAUUUUAUCCGUCUCAACUUUUUUCUAGAACCUAUAUCAACAAUUUUGUGAAGUAAACACUUUACUAGUUGUCUUCGUUUAGGCUAACCAUGCGCCGGGAUCCGACUCGUUUUUCUGUCACGGUACGCACCUAUUUUUGACUUCUUGAAAUUUUCUUCAACUCACAUUAUGUUUUUUUAUUCAUUAGAAUAUGGUAAUAUUUGUUUUGGAAAUGAUUCAAGAUGUCUUUGAGUAGAAAAUUUCAGCUUGAUAUGAUUUCUAAAGUUUUGGGAGACACAUCUAGAAUGGGGGCAAUGUUUUCAACCAAGAACUGCAGUUUUUUUCACUUUUUUGAGCACACGCUUGUGUGAAACGUUUUGAAUUUUGAUAUAUAAAUUGAAACUCAUGUAUAUAGUCCUAAAAAUCAAAAUUAUGACCUAUAAUUUUAUUAUGGAUCAGAAAUCAGCACUCUGGAAGCUGAAAACCUAUUUUUUGAAUUUCAAAAAUGAAAAUUGAGAAAAGUGCAUGUUAGAAAGGUGUCCCGCUCUAAGACCAGAAUAGACUGAGAGAUAUCUGUACUAUGGAUUUUGUAGAGGAACAUUUGGGCUUUCAAACCCACAUAAUACAUAAAUAAAAUUUAAAUCAUGACUGAAGUUACUGGUGCUCAAAGUCAAAAAUAGGUGCGUACCGUGACAGAAAAACGAGUCGGAUCCCGGCGCAUGGUUAGCCUAAACGAAGACAACUAGUAAAGUGUUUACUUCACAAAAUUGUUGAUAUAGGUUCUAGAAAAGAGUUGAGACGGAUAAAAUAAUCAUCUACGUCCUUUUUUGAACACGGGGACUUUUUUAAUGUGUAUCAAUAAUUUUUCCCCACCCUGUAUCUUCAGCGUAGCUACGAAAAAAAUCAAAUUCGUAGCUACGCAGAUGAUAAAUCGUUAUUACGCACACCUUAAAUUCUGACGAGAGAUGCCAAGCGUCACACAAUCAGAGAUGAAAACGUAGGUACAGCGUAUCUACGCUGUAGCUACACAAUUCGCGGACAGAAAUUAAGUGAAGUGACCGCUCUAUAAAUAUUAUUUUUGAAUCCGUAGCUACGCCGUUGCUGUUCUGUAGCUACUUUGUAGAUAAACGGAUGUUACUUAUGUGCAAUUCUCUCUUCCCCGUUUCCGUACAAAGUAUCAACGAAAUUUGUACAGACAGUCUACAGAGUCAAGUGCUGAGUUAUUUUAUUCAAAACUUUUCUCCCAAUAAAUAAAACUGUUUUUUCAGACGCAAUGGAAAUUGCGACUCGUCUAACUUGCGAAGAACAAAAAAUGCUGAAAACUGCGCUGGAAGACUGUUUGGCGAAAAAAACAGUUGCCAAAGAAAUCAGUGAUGAACAAAUCAGAGGAUUGUUUUUGGUGAAUUCACUUCCGUUUGUUGGUUUUGGUAUUCUUGAUAAUAUGAUUAUGAUUUUGGCUGGAGAAUAUAUAGACCAGGUUAGUUGUCAUUUGUUUUUGGAAAAUCUAGUUGGGUUAAAAAUUUGAAAAGAAUUUUCGAAAAAUGUUCAAAAAUUCCAGCAACUCGGUGCAGUUUUGGCAAUCUCAACAAUGGCCGCCGCCGCCCUCGGCAACCUAAUAUCCGACAUCGCCGGUGUUGGACUCGCCCAUUACGUCGAAAUUGGCGUCGCAAAAUGUGGCAUAAAACAUCCGGUUCUAACAUCCGAACAACUCGAAAGUAGCAAAGCAAGAUAUACAACAAAUGCAGCAAGAGCUGCUGGUUUAACAAUUGGAUGUAUUCUUGGAAUGUUUCCGCUUUUGUUUUUCGACGACGAAGACGAAAAGAAGAAAUGA